UCCUAUGCCAAAAAUGCCCUUGUCAAAUCCAUAAAAGACCACUCAUGCCCUCCUCCCUCCCCCCUUUUUCUGUCCUCCCUCCCCAGUCCUAGUUGAUUUUGAAACCAUCACUGAGGAAAACACACACUUUAGCGUGUACGGAGCACCCAUGGAUGUAGGCGCGCAUAAUAAUCCUCGUACGGUGGAAGAGGUUUUCAGGGAUUUCAAGGGCAGACGGAAUGCCUUGAUCAAAGCUCUCACCACUGACGUUGAAGAAUUUUUCCAGCAGUGUGAUCCUGAGAAAGAAAAUCUUUGUCUUUAUGGAUUUCCUAAUGAGCAGUGGGAAGUCAAUUUGCCUGCUGAAGAGGUGCCUCCUGAGCUUCCUGAACCUGCUUUAGGCAUAAACUUUGCCAGAGAUGGAAUGCAAGAAAAGGACUGGUUGGCUCUUGUUGCUGUCCACAGUGAUGCAUGGCUACUUUCUGUUGCUUUCUAUUUUGGUGCCAGAUUUGGUUUCGAUAAAGCUGACAGGAAACGUCUGUUCAAUAUGAUAAAUGAUCUUCCAACUAUCUUUGAAGUUGUCACAGGAGCAGCAAAGAAACAAGUAAAGGAUAAAUCAUCUAUCUCGAAUAACCACAGCAGCGGUAGCAAAUCCAAGCCAAACUCAAAAUCGAGCAAAUCAUCCAAGACCCAAGCAAAGGACGAGGAGGAGGAGGAGGAGGGACUGGACGAAGAAGAGGAAGAUGAGCAUGGGGAAACCUUGUGUGGAGCAUGUGGUGAAAAUUACGCGUCAGACGAGUUCUGGAUUUGCUGCGACAUAUGUGAGAGAUGGUUCCAUGGCAAGUGCGUUAAGAUCACACCAGCAAGGGCCGAGCACAUCAAGCAGUAUAAAUGCCCGACAUGUAGUAACAAGAGAGCACGCCCUUAAAGCUGCCCGGUUUGCAUUUUGUCUAAUUGUAGUGGUAAUCCUUCUUGUGUUAGGAAAGCAAUGUGUAUUCGAGUAAAUCAACAAUGAUUGGCAGUCUUGUUUAUCUGGAUAGUUAGGCAGUCUGGGUGGGAGGCCCUCUUCUUUAGAUCUAAUUGUCCAUUGUAGAGAUUUGGCGUUGUAAGGGAAUCUGCGUCGUUUCCGUUGUUGACAUUUGUUUAUCCAGACCCAGACAAACCCUCUCAGUUACCAAUUACUUUCAAAGUCCCCCUUUCUUUUCAUUUUCAAACUUAAAUGUAUACAUUUUACUUUGUUUUGACCUUU